AGGGGGAAAUCUUGCCGGCAAAAAGGAGAAGACGUUAUGCGAAGUCAGUUAAACCAAGAUUGAAGGGAUUUGCCUGUAUCUCUCUUAUCUUAACUGAGAGAUUGAUACUGCCGACAGAUGUUAGAUGAGACCAUGUCAAUAGAAGACAUGAUAACAAGCUAUAUAUUUCUUGAUUUCUAAUUCUGUCAAUAUCAUCUUCGCUGUCCAAUUUAUAAUUAGCACCACCUAUGUGAGAGACUGAUACGGGUGUUAAAUAUCCCUCUUAUUUGCACCCUUCGGGUUCUUUCCCUGCAGUCUUGCCAAAAGGCCUGACAAUAUUCUUCGCGAGGGCCAUAAUUUACGAAGUGCUUGAUUCUCCUGGUACUACGGAAAUCACAAAUAGGUCACCACCAUUGCAAAAUUUAGCCAUGGCUGAUACUAUGUCUGGACCGCUUGAUCGAGAUAUCAAAGGGGGUCUUGAGAAAUCCGACGCUGAAUAUUCCGAGGAUGAUAGGAAGACCAAGCUUGGAUCAUUGAAAAAGAAGGCAAUUAGUGCCUCGAACAAGUUCAGGAAUUCUUUGACAAAGAGAGGCCGGAGACACAGUAGAGUAAUGUCUAUUGCAAUUGAAGAUAACCUUAAUGCUGAGGAAUUACAGGCAGUGGAUGCGUUUCGCCAAGCACUUAUUUUGGAUGAACUACUACCCUCUAAGCAUGAUGAUCACCAUAUGAUGCUAAGAUUUUUAAGGGCCAGGAAAUUUGAUAUUGAGAAAGCAAAGCAAAUGUGGUCUGAUAUGCUCAGUUGGAGGAAGGAAUUCGGUGCUGACACAAUCAUGGAGGACUUUGAGUUCAAGGAAAUCGAUGAAGUCUUGAAACACUAUCCACAAGGAUAUCAUGGAAUUGACAAGGAAGGAAGACCAGUUUACAUUGAAAGACUGGGUGAGAUUGACGCUAACAAGCUUAUACAGGUCACGACAUUGGAUCGGUAUAUGAAAUACCAUGUACAGGAGUUUGAGAAAACCUUCAAUGUCAAGUUUCCGGCCUGUUCAAUCGCAGCAAAGAAACACAUUGAUCAGAGCACCACUAUUUUGGAUGUGCAAGGAGUGGGGCUUAAGCAAUUCACCAAAACUGCAAGGGAACUUAUUGGCCGCAUUUCAAAGAUUGAUGGUGACAAUUACCCUGAGACCUUAAAUCGGAUGUUCAUCAUCAAUGGUGGUCCUGGAUUCAGGCUUUUGUGGAGCACUGUUAAACAGUUCAUUGAUCCCAAGACUGCCCAAAAAAUCCAUUUUCUGGGUAACAAAUACCAGAGCAAGUUGCUUGAAGCAAUUGAUGCUAGUGAGUUGCCGGAGAUUUUUGGUGGUACCUGCACCUGUGCCGACAAGGGUGGUUGUAUGCGUUCUGAUAAGGGUCCAUGGAAUGAUCCCGACAUCUUAAAGAUGGUUCACAAUGGUGAAGCCAAAUGCCACAGGAAAACAUUUUCAGGAAUUCAUGAGAAAGGAAUCUCCGAGGAUGAUCAGCCAUGCAUAAAGAAAAACAUUUCUUUCAGCAAAGAAGUAACUGUUGAUGCUGCUGAUUAUGGCCAUCCAAAGAAUCAUGUAGAACAUGCAAUUCUUUCUCCAGUUCCUGAAUCUCCCUUGAGCAAGAGGUGCAGUAGCGACCAAGACUAUGAGAACUCCAUUCCAAUGGUGAAAAGGACCAUCGAUACUGCUUGGCCUACACCAUUGAAUAAUAGAGAUGAGCUCUCUAAAGAAUGCCCCCCAGUGCAUGGUGCUUGCAAGGAUCAAGGAGGGAGCACUCAGAUAUUAAAUGGGAUACUGACUGUUGUGAUGGGAAUUGUCACCAUGGUUCGCAUAUCACGCAACAUGCCCAGGAAACUUGCUGAGGUUGCUGCUUAUGGCAGUCAAGUCUACUACGCUGAUGAGAUGGCUAAAAGCCACGUGUUGGCAGCGCCAUCCAUCUCCUCUUCUGAAUACAAGAACAUCAUGUUGCGCAUGGCUGAAAUGGAAGAGAAGCUGAGUGUUCUCAGUUCAAAACCUCAAGCCAUGCCCGCUGAGAAAGAGGAAAUGCUGAAUGCUGCGAUCAAGCGAGCAGAUUCCCUAGAGCAAGAGCUAUCAAUGGUCAAGACGGUACCUACUCGAUUUUCUUUCAUUUUAUCCGGAGCUGUUGCCUGUAUGAAAAUACCAGCCUUGUGUAAUGUUCGAGCUGAUUUCUUUCGUUAUGUUUUUUCUUGUACAGGCACUUGAGGAUGCCGUUGCAAAACAGCAGGAACUCCUAGCCUACAUCGAAAAGAAAAGGAAGAAAAA